AAGCUACCUCCGCCGAAGAUCAUCUCUCAGGAGACGAGCAGUUCUGAGGAGACGAAGCUACCUCCGCCGAAGAUCAUCUCUCAGACGUCGAAGCUACCUCCGCCGAAGAUCAUCUCUCAGGAGAAGAGCAGUUCUGAGGAGACGAAGCUACCUCCGCCGAAGGUCCUCUCUCAGGAGACGAGCAGUUCUCAGACGUCGAAGCUACCUCCGCCGAAGAUCAUCUCUCAGACGUCGAAGCUACCUCCGCCGAAGAUCAUCUCUCAGGAGAAGAGCAGUUCUAAGGAGACGAAGCUACCUCCGCCGAAGGUCCUCUCUCAGGAGACGAGCAGUUCUGAGGAGACGAAGCUACCUCCGCCGAAGAUCAUCUCUCAGGAGACGAGCAGUUCUGAGGAGACGAAGCUACCUCCGCCGAAGAUCAUCUCUCAGGAGACGAGCAGUUCUGAGGAGACGAAGCUACCUCCGCCGAAGAUCAUCUCUCAGACGUCGAAGCUACCUCCGCCGAAGAUCAUCUCUCAGGAGACGAGCAGUUCUGAGGAGACGAAGCUACCUCCGCCGAAGGUCCUCCCUCAGGAGACGAGCAGCUCUGAGGAGACGAAGCUACCUCCGCCGAAGAUCAUCUCUCAGACGUCGAAGCUACCUCCGCCGAAGAUCAUCUCUCAGGAGACGAGCAGUUCUGAGGAGACGAAGCUACCUCCGCCGAAGAUCAUCUCUCAGACGUCGAAGCUACCUCCGCCGAAGGUCAUCUCUCAGGAGACGAGCAGUUCUGAGGAGACGAAGCUACCUCCGCCGAAGAUCAUCUCUCAGACGUCGAAGCUACCUCCGCCGAAGAUCAUCUCUCAGGAGACGAGCAGUUCUGAGGAGACGAAGCUACCUCCGCCGAAGAUCAUCUCUCAGACGUCGAAGCUACCUCCGCCGAAGAUCAUCUCUCAGGAGACGAGCAGUUCUGAGGAGACGAAGCUACCUCCGCCGAAGAUCAUCUCUCAGACGUCGAAGCUACCUCCGCCGAAGAUCAUCUCUCAGGAGACGAGCAGUUCUGAGGAGACGAAGCUACCUCCGCCGAAGAUCAUCUCUCAGACGUCGAAGCUACCUCCGCCGAAGAUCAUCUCUCAGGAGACGAGCAGUUCUGAGGAGACGAAGCUACCUCCGCCGAAGAUCAUCUCUCAGACGUCGAAGCUACCUCCGCCGAAGAUCAUCUCUGAGGAGACGAAGCUACCUCCGCCGAAGGUCCUCUCUCAGGAGACGAGCAGUUCUGAGGAGACGAAGCUACCUCCGCCGAAGAUCAUCUCUCAGACGUCGAAGCUACCUCCGCCGAAGAUCAUCUCUCAGGAGACGAGCAGUUCUGAGGAGACGAAGCUACCUCCGCCGAAGAUCAUCUCUCAGGAGACGAGCAGUUCUGAGGAGACGAAGCUACCUCCGCCGAAGAUCAUCUCUCAGACGUCGAAGCUACCUCCGCCGAAGAUCAUCUCUCAGGAGACGAGCAGUUCUGAGGAGACGAAGCUACCUCCGCCGAAGAUCAUCUCUCAGACGUCGAAGCUACCUCCGCCGAAGAUCAUCUCUCAGGAGACGAGCAGUUCUGAGGAGACGAAGCUACCUCCGCCGAAGAUCAUCUCUCAGACGUCGAAGCUACCUCCGUCGAAGAUCAUCUCUCAGACGCCGAAGCUACCUCCGCCGAAGAUCGUCUCUCAGGAGACGAGCAGUUCUGAGGAGACGGAGCUACCUCCGCCGAAGAUCAUCUCUCAGGAGACGAAGCUAUCUCAGACGCAGAUCGACGCUAAGAAGACGAAGCUAUCUCCGCCGAAGGUCAUCACUGCGGAGGAGGAGCUACCUCCGUCGACGAUCAUCACUGCGGAGAAGGAGCUACCUCCGACGACGAUCAUCCCUGAGAAGACGAAGCUACCUUCGUCGACGAUCAUCCCUGAGAAGACGAAGCUAUCUUCGUCGAAGGUCAUCACUGCGGAGGAGGAGCUACCUCCGUCGACGAUCAUCAUUGCGGAGAAGGAGCUACCUUCGUCGACGAUCAACCCUGCGGAGAAGGAGCUACCUCCGACGACGAUCAUCCCUGAGAAGACGAAGCUACCUUCGUCGACGAUCAUCCCUGAGAAGACGAAGCUAUCUUCGUCGAAGGUCAUCACUGCGGAGAAGGAGCUACCUUCGCCGACGAUCGUCACUGCGGAGAAGGAGCUACCUUCGUCGCCGUGGCUAUGUUAGACGCCGAACAAGUCCCAGCACUGGAGGGUAUUCCCCGUGGAGUGCAUGGACAGCCUGCUCGGUGACCUGCGGCUCUGGAGUACAGUAUCGCACUCGAUGCUGUGUUGGCUCAACAACGUACUGCGCCACUCGGCCUGACAUCACCGUCCGGCAGGCCUGCACAC